AUGCAAGAGGUUGCAGAACUUGAAGCUAAUUUACCUUGUACAUGUAAAGUGAAUUUUCCUGACCCGAACAAGCUUCAUUACUUUCAGCUAACUGUAACCCCAGAUGAGGGCUAUUACCAAGGUGGAAAGUUUCAGUUUGAAAUUGAAGUUCCUGAUGCCUACAAUAUGGUGCCUCCAAAGGUAAAAUGCCUGACAAGAAUCUGGCAUCCAAACAUUACGGAGACAGGAGAAAUCUGCCUAAGUUUAUUGAGAGAACAUUCAAUUGAUGGCACUGGCUGGGCUCCAACUAGAACAUUAAAGGAUGUUGUCUGGGGGUUAAACUCGUUAUUUACUGAUCUUCUGAAUUUUGACGAUCCUUUGAAUAUCGAGGCUGCAGAGCAUCACUUGCGUGACAAGGAGGACUUUCGGAAUAAAGUUGAAGAUUACAUUAAGCGCUAUGCGAGAUGAUGAAGGGAGAUGGAUGGCAGGACCAUGGCUUCCACACUAGAGUUAUCCUUAACUUCAACAACAACAACAACAGAACCAGCCCGGAUUGUACUAGUCCUGUGUCCAUGUUGUACUGAAGAAGAAAACUAACUUCAUAACUUGUCCAUGUUAAAAGGAGAGUUCAACAUAAAUACAGCAAGAAAUUGUGUAUGUUGGGUGAAAAAAUUGUUUGCUUACUUUUAAAAAUGUUUACUCUUCUGAACUGUACUGUAUAUCCUGUUGAUGAGAUAUGCUUGAGAAGUUAAAAGAAAUCACUAUCGAAAUUGUAA